CCCUGCAGGCGACUACCAGCACAGAGCAGACAGACUCCUGUUCCUAGGCCGUGCAGGCAGGACAUGCCGCAGAUGCGCUGAGAUGGGCUGGCCAGGUUCAUGGGGGCUGGUUUUGCUCCUGGGCUUUCUGCUGCACUCUGGGUGGAUCCUGCAAGCGAACACUGCUGCUUCUCCAGCGACGGAGGUGAUUGUAAAUACUGCGACCGCCACCCCACCCCCGACAGCUGCCCCAAGUCCGGCGAUGCCGGGCACCACCUCUGCAGCGCACGCCCCAGCCGAGCCAACUGGAAUCACAGAUACAGCCACUACUGCAGAGACAGUCGUGUUUCUAACUCGUCUUGUGACCAACAGCCCAGAUGAGACACAGCAAACAGUGGGCACCAUUAUCGUAGUGGAAACACUCACACCUGGCCAUGCCGGAGGUGAGCCCACCCAGGCCUCAGUUUCCCUUCUAGGCAUGAGCCCAGCUACGGCCUCUGCAACAGCCGUCAGCACUCCACUAGAAGAGACAGUCGGUGUUUCUGGUCAAGCAGCUCCCACCACAAAUGCAGCAAGUUCCACCCCCGUGGAAGACAUGCCUACAGCUGUCUUCUCGACCCUGGCCCCAGAGGAGACCUGGAGUACGGUGGGCUCCUUCAGUACAGCAGAGCCAUCCAGAGGUGUCCACAUGACGACCGAGCUAGCUGACAGUACAGCAGCCACGCAUGCCACUGUCACGAGACGCCCUGCAGAGACUGAAACGACGGUGAUCAGCAUUGUACCAGCAGACGCUGCGACAGCCACCUCUGUCAGCACCACCCCACCCAGUGCCAUAGCAACCUCUGCAACACCCACGGAAACAACUGAGCCCUCAACGGCAGAAACCACCGGCACGGCUGCAGCAAAACAGACACUGGCAACUGCCUCUGACCCCUCUUUCGUAGUCAGAACCGUAACAGAAUGGGAGACAAUUCUGGUAGAGGUAGCGACAGCAUCCGGCAAAACUGAAACUACAGUGAGCAUCACAACAGCAGCGGGGAGCACGAUGGCACAGCCUGACCCCAGUGUCUCGACGGGGAGCACAGGAACAGACCCUGCAGCUCCAGCGCUCUCCACCACAGACCCUGCCACCCCAGCGCCCAGUGAGACCCCAGCUGUACCGGCCACCAUGACAGCAGCCACGGCCACUGGAGCAGCCGCUGUCACAAGCCAGCACGUUCCAAGCACAGCCACCGAAGCCACCACCCCCACAGCAGAGGCCAGCCCAGCAGCCCCACCUAUAGUGCAAUCCACACCAAAUGCAACCCCAGCGUUACUGACCACCACCUCGGCAGCAGAGACCACCAGAGCCACUCCUGACAUCACCCCACCCCAUGGAACCACAAAGACAGCGACCCCGACCACAGCAACCCAGGCUGUCCCCACGCCAGCUGACACGACACCCAUGGCAACUCUGACCAGCGCAGGAGAAACCACCGCAGCAGCUCCAACAACCACCGCACACCUGGAGACUGCUGCAGGAAGAGAGACACUCACAACAGCCUCUGUUGUCGCCAUGCCAAACACAACCACAACUCAAGGGGCUGUCCCCACAGCGACAGAAACCAGCCCUUCAGUGCUUGUCACCCUCUCCCCACCGAUGGUGACUACCAUGGCUGUUCAGACCACCGCACCAACGUCUGUCACUGCGUCCCCAAUGGAAACAGCAUCAACAGUGGGCUCCAGCACAGAAACCACCCCAGUGGCCAACAGCCCCACUGAUGUGUCGAGUACUGCAACAAGCGAGAGCACAGCCCCAGCUCCUCGCACCACAGCAGCAGAAAGGGGAACUUCAACGGGCACCAUGACAGAGACACUCGUCACCAGCACAACAGCUAAUACCACAACCGCCGUCAGGACCGCUGCAGCAACAGAGGUUCCCCAAACACUCCGUACUACCACGGUCCCAGCUGGAAACACGACGGUUACAUUCCCAGGUACAGCUAGCCCCACUGUGGCUGCACCGAGCACUCCAGCAACUCAGAACUUCAGUGCAGCUCCAACCACGGAACCCGCUGCUAGGCCUAACUCCACAGCCUGGCCCGGGAUCCCAGAUGUCACGACAGAAGAGCAGACAACAGCGGUGCCCAGCUGCCACCCUCCAGCUGCCAACGCAACUGGUGCUCGCCUCUUCCUAUCGCUGGGACUGACCACUCGCCUGAACAUCAGCGAGCCCCAGGUCAGGGGUAUGGUUUUGUCUAAGCUUGAGCAAGACCUAAAAAUGAAGUUCCCAUGCACCGGGUUCACCAUCCUCUGGAAAGGAGAGGGAGAAAAGUGAGCAGCGAUUCCGCUGGCCCCCAAGGAACCGAUGGCUUCGUGUCUGGGUGCCACGGUGAGCGGGACAAGGGCCACGACACAAAAGGGGACCACGCGGCUGCUGCUACCUGUGCUCAUCAACUCCAGAGUGGAAACCCCACCUGGAGGAUACAGGUUUAACCCCAGAGAAGAAAUCUCUCUUCUGCAUGCUGAGACCUCAGGCUUUCUUCUGCCAUAACCCUCCUGGACUCAAUUUCACAGAAUCACAGACUAUCAGGGUUGGAAGGGACCUCAGGAGGUAUCUAGUCCCACCCUCUGCUCAAAGCAGGACCAAUCCCCAGACAGAUUUUUGCCCCAGAUCCCUAAAUGGCCCCCUCAAGGAUUAAACUCCCAACCCUGAGUUGAGCAGGCCAACGCUCAAACCACUGAGCUAUCCCUCCCCCCAAGGCCAGACCCCUUGGGCGAUUCCAUAGACAGUAAGAAUUCAGAAAAGGGGUGAAUGCCCUUUAAAGGUCCCAAUGAAGAUGAAAAAUGUCAGGUCUGGUGAUUUCCCCUCUUCCUGUAUGAAAGGAGCCAAUGAUUUGAAUUGCAAGCUCUUGGAACUCUCUCUUACUAGAUAUAUGUACAUCCUAGCACUGUAUCUCAGUCACAGCCACUAGGCCUUGCUGUCAGAUAAUCAAUAAUAUUGGGCUCUUGUGGGGGAGCAGCGAGUGGGGGCUCUGACUGCCGCUGUAGUACUGUCUGUCCAGGUGCAGGCAGAUCCUGCGUGCCCAGUAUUGAAGGGAUUGUUUUUUCCAAUUUUGCAGGAUCCUUCGCUGGAUUUUUCCAGUCCCAGCUAAGCAGUUUGUCCCCCUCCCUGAGGCAAAUGAAACUAGUAAUUCAUUAACUGGUUAAUCAGCCAGAUAAAUCACACUGAAACAAUGAGUAGUUAGAGCAAUUUUUUAAACACUCCCCUUGUUUUAAAAACUCCAGAAUUUGGGGAAUUUCAAGACCAAAUCAAAUAAUAAUUUUGGUUUUUAUUUAAUCCCUGGCCUAGCACUGGAUUCAGACUGGAGAUAGGGUGUAACAUUUUUUAACUGUGAGAGUAAUUAACCACUGGAACGAUUUACCCAGGGUCACGGUGGAGUCUCCAUCACUGGCCAUUUUAAAAUCACAAUUGGAUGUUUCUCUACAAUAUCUGCUCCCGGAGUUAUCUGAGGGACGUUCUGUGGCUUGUGUUACGCAGGAGGUCAGACUAGCUGGGUUUCUCUUCCAACCUCCAAGCCCAGGGAGCAAAGCUGCUGGUUCUGAUUCUCUCCCACAUCAUGCUGCAUAUAGAAAACACAGAAGACCCCCCUUAUGUAAACUGAGGCAGAACCUGUGUUCCCAGCCAGGAGCCUGGCUACUGCCCUCUCAGGGACUAGGACUGCUUGCCUGUGUUGUUUGCACUCUCUUUACCUCCACCAUACUUUUAAAGGUAAACAGCUCCAAUAUGUGGGCUGGCCCUAAGCAGUAGGUUUUCCAGGGCCCUGUGCUAAAGUAACACAUAGAAUCAUAGAAUCGUAGGGCUGGAAGGGACCUCGAGAGGUCGUCUAGUCCAGUCCUCUGCACUCAGGGCAGGACUAAGUAUUAUCUAGACCAUCCCUGACAGGUGUUUGUCCAACCUGCUCUUAAAAAUCUCCAGUGAUGGAGAUUUCACAACCUCCCUAGGCAAUUUAUUCCAGUGCUUAACCACCCUGACAGGAAGUUUUUCCUAAUGUCCAAUCUAAACCUCCCUUGCUGCAAUUUAAGCCCAUUGCUUCUUGUCCCUCCUUUUCCCCCCCCCUUUUUUAACACCCCUUUAUGUACUUGAAAACUGUCCCUCUCAGUCUUCUCUUCGCCAGACUAAACAAACCCAAUUUUUUCAAUCUUCCCUCAUAGGUCAUGUUUUCUAGGCCUUUAAUCAUUUUCGUUGCUCUUCUCUGGACUUUCUCCAAUUUGUCCACAUCCUUCCUGAAAUAUGGUGCCCAGAACUGGACACAAUACUCCAGUUGAGGCCUAAUCACCGCGAAGUACAGUGGAAGAAUUACUUCUCGUGUCUUGCUUACAACACACCAGCUAAUACAUCCCAGAAUGAUGUUUGCUUUUUUUGCAACAGUGUUACACUGUUGACUCAUAUUUACCUUGUGAUCAACUACAACCCCAAGAUCCCUUUCCGCAGUACUCCUUCCUAGGCAGUCAUUUCCCAUUUUGUAUGUGUGCAACUGAUUGUCCCUUCCUAAGGGGAGUACUUUGCAUUUUUCCUUAUUGAAUUUCAUCCAUUCAUUCACGUGGGGCUCUAUCCACGUUCCAUCCCAUUAACACCUUCAUCUUCCACUUCUCUGUGCUCACAGCACCCUCCCUGGGUGCAGGGGACCUCAGGCUGUGGAACGAAUGGAGGCUGUGGUUGGGUGUCUGUGUUCUCCUUUGGGUGUAGGCCAGCUUAAGAAGAGGAUUGCCAAUUUGCCUAGAAUCAGAUGCAGCAGAGUAGAAAUAAACAAAAAGUUUAUUUGUAGGGCUAUCGAUUAAUCGCAGCUAACUCACGCUAUUAACUCCAAAAAAUUAAUCGCAAUUAAUUGCAGUUUUAAUUGCACUGUUAAACAAUAGAAUACUACCAAUUGAAAUUUAUUAAAUAUUUGGGAUGUUUUUCUACAUUUUCAUAUAUAUUGUAUUCUGUGUUGCAAUUGAAAUCGAAGUGCAUAUUAUUUUUGAUUACAAAUAUUUGCACUGUAAAAAUGAUAAAAGAAAUAGUAUUUUUCAGUUCACCUCAUACAAGUACUGUAACGCACUCGCUUUGUUGUGAAAUUGCAACUUACAAAUGUAGAUUUUUUUUGUGACAUAACUGCAUUCAAAAACAAAAUAAUGUAAAACUUUAGUGUCUACAAGUCCACUCAGUCCUACUUCUUGUUCAGCAAAUUAAGACAAACACGUUUGUUUACAUUUACAGGAGAUAAUGCUGCCCGCUUCCUAUUUACAAUGUUACCAGAAAGUGAGAACAGGUGUUUGCCUGGCCUUUUUGUAGCCGGCAUUGCAAGGUAUUUACGUGCCAGAUAUGCUAAACAUUCGUAUGCCCCUUUAUGCUUUGGCCACCAUUCCAGAGGACAUGAUUCCAUGCUGAUGACACUCGUUAAAAAAAUAAUGCGUUAAUUAAAUUUGUGACUGAACUCCUUGGGGGAGAAUUGUAUGUCCCCUGCUCUGUUUUUCCCGCAUUCUGCAUAUAUUUCAUGUUAUAGCAGUCUCAGAUGAUGACCCGGCACAUGUUGUUCAUUUUAAGAACACUUUCACUGCAGAUUUCACAAAACGCAAAGAAGGUACCACUGUGAGAUUUCUAAAGAUAGCUACAGCACUUGACCCAAGGUUUAAGAAUCUGAAGUGCCUUCUAAAAUCUGAAAGGGACAAGGUGUGGAGCAUGCUUUCAGAAGUCUUAAAGAGCUACUCUGACGCGGAAAGUACAGAACCCAAACCACCAAAAAAGAAAAUCAAACUUCUGCUGGUGACUUCUGAUUCAGAUGAUGAAAAUGAACAUGCGUCAGUCCAUGCUGCUUUGGACUGUUAUCGAGCAGAACCCAUCAUCAGCAUGGAUGCAUGUCCCCUGGAAUGGUGGUUGAAGCAUGAAGAGACAUAUGAAUCUUUAGCACAUCUGGCAUGUAAAUAUCUUGUGAUGCCGGCUACAACAGUGCCAUGAGAACGCCUGUUCUCACUUUCAGGUGACAUUGUAAACAAGAAGCAGGCAGCAUUAUCUCCCGCAAAUGUAAACAAACUUGUUUGAGCGAUUGGCUGAACAAGAAGUAGGACUGAGUGGACUUCCAGGCUCUAAAAUUUUACAUUGUUUUAUUUUUCAAUGCAGUUUUUAUUUAAAUAAAUGGUUUUCUAUUAUUGUUUAACAGUGCGAUUAAUCGCAAUUAAUUUUUUUAAAUUGCCGGACAGCCCUAAUUAUUUGAUAGAAGAAUAAGGGUCAAAGGCGAAACAGUGAGGAAAAGCAAACGCAGACAAGUCACACAGAAACCAAACAUAGAUGCAAGCUCUGGCUUUACACUUCUAUGUUAGCUACAUUGUGUUUUCUACUACAAGUUAUCCAUUGCCUCUGAACAGUUUCCCCAGCAUGCCCCGGACCUAGAAGCGAUCCAGUGUUUCGCGGACAGUGCCCCGCUUACACACUGGCCCUCGGUUUCUGGAUAAACCUGGGUACAAUAAACAGACCCAAGCCUGUUUUUUUCAAUAAACUGAUCUCCUAAUGCCCA